GUUCACAUCUCUAAUGUAAAACCAAAAAAGGCGUCUACCAUUAUGUCAGAUCGUGAUAUGCACGUUCAAAUACAGUUAUACCUAGCCAAAUGAUUAGAUCGCCUGCAUAAAAAAAAAAUAGUGGACCAGAAUGACGUGCUCUCCGCUAUUUAUUGUUCAGAUAAUGAUUCCACCUUCAGAUAAUGAUUUUGUAAUUUAUUUGCAGAUAAUCGUUGUUUGAAGCUCAAAAAGCAGUAGCACUAUGCAAAUCAGGGAGCCAAAUGAAAAGGCUCUUUCGCCGAUGCGAUUCGGUUCCCAACGUUCACCAAAAAGAGCCAUUCGUUCGUGAACGACCCAUCACUAUCAGUCAGGACUUGGGCCGAUCCAACAGAGCCCGUGAGUGGUAGCCAUUUUGCUUCCACCUAAAACACUAGCUUCAUUCGGAAUCGGAGAUGGAAGAAAUAGAGCCGACAGCAAGUCCGAAAGCUCAACGCUUUUGAAACCCGGGAACACAGACGGAUAUCAAGGCACACACGGAAAACGUCACAAAAAAUAGCGAUUUUGGGAGCGGUGACAUCUGAACCUUCCGCCGUCCCCUAUGAGUAGCCUAGAUUGGAGUCGAUCAGCCUCUGCUUAGUUCAAUUUAACAGGCAAUGUAUGGGAUUUGUUGCAAUGUAAAAUAUAGUUAACAUACUUCAUUCUCAACAUAAAGGACUAUAGGGCGAAUGCCCUGCUGCCGAGGAGCGUAAUAGGGAAAUAGAUGCCAUUGUUCAAUUCUGUCUGCGUCCUCGGGACAUCUUGAGACAAAUUUGGAUUGGAUGAACCAAUGUUGAGACAUUUUCCCGAAUUCAUGGUUUUUGUCCAAAGACAAGAAUACAAUCGCCUCCCCUCGUAUUGCCAAAGGAGGUGCAGAUUAUAGGGAAAUAGGCAACAUUCAUCUUGAAUAAGAUGUCAACAAAAACUCCACUACCUACAGUCAAUGAGAAAGAGACAGAGAGCUUCAAUGACAAUCGUCUGACAGUUUUCAUUCUCGCUGAGAGUAUCCGGCAAGCGAUGAAGAGACACCCCAUCAGUGUACAUACGUCUCACAGCAAUGGGCGCCAGGAGGUCACCACGCGCUCCGUCCGCUCAGGAGUCCGAACCCGGAACUCUGGUGCCGACGAGCAGCCUCAUGUGGGGAACUACCGACUCCUGAAGACCAUUGGGAAGGGCAACUUCGCCAAGGUCAAGCUGGCCCGUCACAUCCUCACUGGCAGAGAGGUGGCGAUAAAGAUUAUUGACAAGACACAACUGAACCCAAACAGCCUUCAAAAGCUCUUCAGAGAAGUAAGAAUUAUGAAGAUUUUAAACCACCCAAAUAUAGUCAAGCUGUUUGAAGUGAUCGAGACAGAGAGGACGCUGUACCUGGUGAUGGAGUAUGCCAGUGGAGGAGAGGUCUUCGACUACCUUGUUGCACACGGAAGGAUGAAGGAAAAAGAGGCCAGGGCUAAAUUUAGACAGAUCGUUUCUGCUGUGCAGUACUGCCACCAGAAGCACAUUGUUCAUAGAGACCUGAAGGCAGAGAACCUGCUGCUGGAUGCAGACAUGAACAUUAAGAUAGCAGACUUUGGCUUCAGUAAUGAGUUCACCAUGGGGAACAAGCUGGACACGUUCUGUGGCUCCCCACCCUACGCCGCCCCGGAGCUGUUCCAGGGGAAGAAGUACGAUGGGCCCGAGGUGGACGUCUGGAGCCUGGGGGUCAUCCUCUACACACUGGUCAGCGGCUCUCUGCCCUUCGACGGGCAGAACCUCAAGGAGCUUAGGGAGAGGGUUCUGAGGGGAAAAUAUCGUAUCCCCUUCUACAUGUCCACAGACUGCGAGAACCUCCUCAAGCGCUUCCUGGUGCUCAACCCGGCCAAGCGGGGGACUCUCGAGGUGAGGGAGGACAGCGAAAACGAAAUCAUGAAAGACCGCUGGAUCAACGCAGGAUCGGAGGAGGACGAGCUCAAGCCUUUCAUAGAACCAGAACAGGACAUCACAGAUCAGAAGAGAAUAGAUGUGAUGGUGGGGAUGGGCUUCUCUCUAGAGGAGAUCCAGGAGUCUCUGGCCAAGAUGAAGUAUGAUGAGAUCACCGCCACCUACCUGCUGCUGGGGAGGAAGUCUUCUGAGCUGGAGCCCAGUGUUUCAACCUCCAGCAGCAACCUGUCCCUGGCUAAGCCACGGCCCACCAGCGACCUCAAUGGCCAGUCCCCCUCCCACCUCAAAGUCCAGCGGAGCAUCUCCUCCAGCCAGAAACAGAGACGAUACAGUGACCAGGUGGGUCAGAACGUUCCCCCAGGUUCAGGACACCCUAAGAGGAGCCAGACCAGCACGGCCGAAAACAACAUCAAAGAGGAGGGAGGGGUGCAGCUCCGCAAACCCUACACCCCCGGGGGGCGCAGUGUCCCCCCCUCCAGCCCCUUGCUGGGGAAUGCCAACAAUCCCAACAAGGCUGAUAUUCCCAAUGGCAAGAAGGGUGCUACCACCGUUCCCAAUAAUAACACUGGCUCUGACGGGAUGACGAGGAGAAACACGUACGUGUGCAGCGACAGGAACGUUACGGACUGUCUCUCUGUCAUUCCCAAUGGGAAGGAGAACAGUGUGGCCGUGUCUCCUGGCCAGCGGAACCCCGUGGCGUCCACCCACAGCAUCACCAGCGCCACCACGCCGGACAGACUACAUUUCCCACGAGGCACGGCGAGCCGCAGCACCUUCCACAGUGGCCAGCUGAGGGAGCGCCGCACGGCCACCUACAACGGGCCCCCAGCCUCACCCACCCUGUCCCACGACGCAGCGCCCCUUUCCCAGACCCGCAGCCGCGGCUCCAGCAACCUCUUCUCUAAACUCACCUCCAAACUCACACGCAGAAACAUGUCAUUUAGGUUUACCAAAAGAGUCUCAACCGAGUUUGAAAGAAACGGGAGAUUUGAGGGCUCAAGUCGCCAUGUACCUGGGGAUCAGAAAGGGGAAAAUAAAGACAGUAAACCCCGCUCCCUCAGAUUCACUUGGAGUAUGAGGACCACCAGCUCCAUGGAGCCUUGUGACAUCAUGCGGGAGAUAAGCAAGGUGCUCGAGGCCUACAACUGCGACUACGAACAGCAAGAGUGUUUCCUGCUGCUCUGUGUCCAUGGCGAUGGACAUGCUGAGAACCUUGUCCAAUGGGAGAUGGAGGUGUGCAAACUGCCCCGCCUCUCCCUCAAUGGCGUGAGAUUCAAGAGGAUAUCAGGCUCAUCCAUCGCUUUUAAAAACAUUGCUUCCAAAGUCGCCAACGAGUUAAAGCUAUGAACAAAAAGGGUCAAACAAUAUCUAGAAAGUAUUUAAGCUGUACAAUCAUUUUUUAAGAAAAUACAGAGUAUGUAUUGAAUUAUGAUAGAUGUAUAGAGUAAUGCGUUUGGCAAUAAUCACUGAAUUACUAAUAACUACAGUAUAUAAUCUGGUCAUCACGAGUUGUAUAUGGUUUGUCAUGCUGUGAAAAUUGACCAAAAUAGCAUUUUAGUCUUUGAUAUUAUUUAUUUCAUCUCAUGAAAGUUAGUGUUUUCAAUGUAAAUAAUGUAUCUUACUUUCAAGACAUACACACAUUGUUAUACUCCAUUUUUCUUUUAUAUAUGUACACUACCAGUCAAAAGUUUUAGAACACCUACUCAUUCAAGGGUCUACAUUGUAGAAUAAUAGU